AUGCGAAGAAACAAUCAAACCUCAAAAUUCAAACCAUUUCAAUUGCCAUCUUUGAGGCGGCCCACAAAUGCCGCCUCACCAUACAAGAGCAGUGGAGCCGGCACGAUGCAUCAGACACUGAUCAAUGACUCCCAACAACCACAAUCCAACAGCUCGUCCCUCUGUAAACCUUUCACUGACCUGAAAUCAUCAGCUCACGAUGAGGACGCUGAAUUGGAUGCUUUCGACCUGGAACUACUAGCCUCGGAUGAUAGAGAGGAGGUUACUAGAUCUACGCCGCUUCAAACCUCUCGUCAACCUGAUCUACAGGCACCUCAAUUCUCUCGUUUUUUUCAGCCAAGCUCGAGUAUCCCUUCUUCCCGCUGGAAUGGAUCUAGUUCAUCGGAUCCUGUGUUAGGGCCUCCCUCGAGCCCACUGGCUUUGUUCCGUCAGAAGAAAGAUGGUAUGCGGAUGGGACAGCGAAAUCUUGAGACGAAUCGUGGCCCUUACAAUGACGGGACUAGUCAGAGCUCACCUCAGGAACUGAUCGCACAAGCGAGCCCCGAGGCUUUGACUGUCAAUAGACAACGUCAAAAUGUGUUUAGCAAUAUACCACCAUCUGUGCGGGGAAUCGUCCUCGUAUCAGUGAAUGACUUACCAGAGAACUACAGCUCGAUGUUUCCUUUCCCACUUUUCAAUGCCAUUCAAUCCAAAUCCUUCCACUCCGUCUACAACAGCAAUGAUAACAUCGUCCUAUCCGCACCAACCGGCAGCGGCAAGACAGUGGUGAUGGAAUUGGCCAUCUGCAGACUCCUGAAUACCCUCAAAGACGAACGCUUCAAAGUAGUCUACCAAGCACCUACAAAGUCCCUAUGCAGCGAGCGCUUCCGAGAUUGGCACUCCAAGUUCUCCAGCUUGAACCUCAAGUGCGCAGAACUGACCGGAGACACAGACCACAUGCAACUGCGUAACGCCCAGAGUAGCCAGAUUAUCAUCACGACGCCCGAGAAGUGGGAUAGCAUGACUCGGAAGUGGAAAGAUCAUAUGAAGUUGAUGCAGCUCGUGAAACUCUUUCUUAUUGACGAGGUGCAUAUUCUGAAGGAAACGCGAGGAGCUACGCUUGAGGCUGUAGUUUCUCGAAUGAAAAACAUCGGAUCGAAUGUGCGAUUUGUGGCGCUGAGUGCUACUGUUCCUAACUCCGAGGAUAUUGCUACCUGGCUUGGGAAGGAUGCGACAAAUCAGCAUGUUCCUGCGCACCGGGAAAAUUUCGGCGAGGAGUUUCGUCCCGUCACGCUGAAGAAGGUUGUCUAUGGGUAUGCGUCUAAGUUGAAUGACUUUGCAUUUGAUAAAGUCUGCGGUUCAAAGUUGCCUGAAGUGAUCGGAAUGCAUUCAUGCAAGAAACCCAUCCUGAUAUUCUGUUGCACACGGAAUUCAUCGCUCGCGACGGCGAAAGAAUUGGCUCGUCUUUUCACAUUGACAAAUCCACCCGCCAGGCUUUGGAAGGAACCCAAGAAGCGCCUCGAAGCUCAUAAUGACGACCUUAACGGGACACUUCCUGCUGGUGUAGCAUUUCACCACGCUGGUUUGGGUCCCGCUGACCGCCACACUGUUGAGACAGGGUUCAGAGAAGGGAAUAUCAACGUCAUAUGUUGCACGUCUACACUUGCAGUUGGAAUCAACCUGCCUUGCCACCUUGUCAUAAUCAAAAACACUGUCAGUUGGCAGGAUGGAGGGUGCAAGGAGUAUUCAGAUUUGGAGAUGAUGCAGAUGCUUGGUCGCGCGGGCCGACCCCAAUUCGACGACAGUGCCACAGCAGUCAUCCUCACCAGGAAGGAGCGUGUGGCCCACUACGAGAGACUGGUUCAGGGAUCCGAGAGUCUGGAGAGCUGCUUACAUUUAAACCUCAUUGAUCACCUCAACGCUGAGGUUGGCUUGGGAAACAUCACGGACGUCGAAUCGGCCGUGAAAUGGCUUGGUGGCACGUUCUUGUUUGUAAGGCUUCGUCGUAACCCGACGCAUUACAAGCUGAAGGAAGGGGCGAACCAAGAAGAUGAGGAUCAGCUGCUUCGCAGUAUCUGUGAGAAGGAUAUCAGUCUUCUUCGAAAUUGCGGUUUGGUCGAAGGCGAGAGCCUUUGUUCGACCCAGUUUGGCGAAGCUAUGGCUCGGUACUACAUCCAGUUUGAGACAAUGAAAGUUCUAUUGUCGCUGAAGCCAAAGGCAACAUUGUCCGAAAUUCUAAAUGUGAUCGCACAAGGUGAUGAAUUCCGCGAGAUCCGCCUCAAAGCCGGCGAGAAAUCACUGUACCGAGAGAUCAACCGUGACCCAGGGAUUCGUUUCCCUAUUAAGGUUGAUCUAGCCCUCCCGGCUCACAAGAUCUCACUACUUCUUCAAUCCGAGCUAGGAGCAAUUGAGUAUCCCGAUAACGACCAACUUCAAAAACACAAAUUCAGCUUCCAGCAAGACAAAAGUCUAGUCUUUGCACAUGUCAACCGACUAAUCCGCUGCUUACUCGACUGUCAAAUCUCCCGCGGUGACUCAAUUACGAUCCGUAAUGCCCUUGAACUCGCCCGAAGUUUUGGAGCGAAGGUCUGGGACCACUCGCCUCUCCAAAUGAAGCAGAUCGAGCAAGUGGGUGUUGUCACAGUUCGGAAGUUGGCUGCCGCUGGGAUCACCAGUAUUGAAGGAUUGGAAUGUGUCGAAGCUCAUCAGAUUGAGAUGGUUCUUAGCAAGAAUCCACCUUUCGGGUCAAAGUUACUCUCAAGAUUGAAGGAGUUCCCGAAAUUGAGGGUCUCUGUAAAGAUGCUUGGAAAGGAAGUGAAAGUUGACUGUGUCAAUGUCCGAUUCAAGGCUGAAGUCGCGUUCAUGAAUGACAAGAUCCCGACGUUCUUCCAACGUCAUCCAGUUUAUGUCUGUUGCUUGAUAGAGAGGUCUGAUGGUCAUAUGAUCGAUUUCAGACGCACAAGUGCGGCCAAGCUCCAAGAGAAACUAGAAAUUGAACUCAUCGCGGAAUUGACGAGUCCGCAGCAUGUCAUUGUGUGUCAUGUUAUGUGCGAUGAAAUCGCGGGGACAUCAAGACAAGCUGAGCUCAGACCUAAUCUGCCAUCUCACCUCUUUGCUGCUGUGCGAGAUAAGAAUACUAAUGCCCAAAAACUUGAAACCUCGAACCUACCUUCUCGUCACCCCAAGGGGAAUUUGAAUCCUAAAGACGCAGAGAAACCGAAGGCCAACACGUCUCGUCCCCACGGACGAGAUAUGACCAGCAUCAAGACCAAUUCUUGGCAGAUUGUGGACGAUUUUGAGGGCGAUGACUUGCAGCUCGAUGAUUUCCUCGUUGCGAAUAAACCCUGCGGCAAAGCAAAGGAAGCUACAAAGCUACAACCUCGACAGGUUAAUGAUUUUGAUGAUAUAGAUUGGUUUUCCAUUGAUGCGACUCCACCGAGCCCAGCCAAGGGAGCACCGAAGGUCUCAAAUCUCCGAGAAGACGACUGGGCGGUGGAUUUGGAUGAGCCGGAUGAUGAGUACGAACCAGUCAGACUUGCGAAUGGCAAAUGGGCUUGCAACCACAAAUGCAAAGAUAAAACGAGCUGCAAGCAUUUCUGCUGUCGCGAGGGGCUUGAGAAGCCACCGAAGCCGCCGAAGCGGACAAUUCCCACAACCCAAAAGGAAAGCGGUCUUAACCAACUGACUAUCUCCGCCAGUAUCAAAAAAGCAACUCCAACCAGCAAGUCGAAUCCGAGAAAUCAAGUUGCCAAACAACGUGUCACGGCGCCCAAGAAUGACACCUAUAUCUCAAAGGUGAAGAAGAUGUCGACGUGGCAGGGUGGAAAGAAGAACCCAAAUCGAGAGAGGUCUGUCCUCUCUGAGAGGGACAAGAACGUUCCUUCAUACAAGGGAAAGUUGGAAAAGAGUCUAGCAAAACCCCUCUCCAGUGAUUAUGGCGAUGAAAACUUCGAUGAUUUGCCAUCGCCAUCACGUCUUCUCAGGAGCAGAAGGUCAGGGUUUGCAACAUCAGUUUCUCCAGUGGUGGAUGGGCAGACGAAGAACAACAUUACAGAUGUUCCGGUCAUUGAAACGAAGCAUACAGACCCCGAGACCCAGCCUUCUGCUUUACUAUCCGCUACCCUUCAAAAAAACCAAACCAAGCUAAUAACUCCUAAAUACCAACCUGAAAUAAUUGAGAUCCCGGAUGACACACCACCAGGCUCAAUAAACAAAUAUUCUUCUGUCAAGCAGAGCACACUGCAGCUCUCCACAAAAGCAGACCAACCCACCCUGAAACGGAAGGCGAGUCAAGACGAAACCCGGACGGAACACAAGAAACGUCACGCUUCAAACUCUUUGAAUGAUGAACCUCCACUGAGCCUUAAGCAGCGUGAGCCUCCUAUUUCUCCCGCGUCUCCCGUUUCUCCCAUUACUGUGAUCGGCGGUCGGAUGGACUUGAACGCAACAUGGGACAACGAUGGAAUUGAUAUGCUUGAUGAGUUUAAGGAUAUUAUUAAGUUUAUUUAA